AUGGGUCCUCUCCGCUUCAAUUAUCGACCUGGUUUCACAUUGCAUGUCCGAGGGUUUUCUGAGUCAAUGACAGCGGAGGCCCUUGGACAAGAAUUUGAAAAAUUUGGUCGAAUUGUGCGCUGCGAUAUUCCCGUAUUUAGAACACCCGCAACUCGCCGAUAUGCGUUUGUAGAAUUUGAGGAACGAAGGGACGCAGAGGCCGCGCAUUCUCGAAUGCAUCGCACGCGGCUAAAUGAUGACAUCUUACAUGUCGAAUGGGCUCGUUUGAGAGACAGAUUCGACCGUGGGGAUCGUUUUCAGCAACGACCAAGAGGACCUGCUGCUUCUGGAAACAGAGAUUCUUGGCCAGGUCGACGAAUGGAAGCAUCACCUCCCACCACCGGCGCCAACGGAGAAGAGAUAAAGGAGAGGCCUAGAUAUGAUGAAUCUUCAACCAAGACACGGGACAUUGAAAGUGCUGCAGAUGAAGGGAACGCCAAAGAAAGUGAGUCUUCGGUAAAAGCUCACCGGUCGCCAGCUUCAGUGUCCGAAGAAGGUCAAACAACUGAGGUGGUAGCAGCCCCCAUGAACACAGAAUCCGAACAUACUGAUAAUUAA